AUGGCUAGAGGAGAAGACCGGCUCAGUGAUUUGCCAGAGUCGAUUCUAAUUCACAUACUCUCUUUGUUGCCUGACGGUAAAGAAGUUGUUAGAACGAGUGUAUUGUCUAAACAUUGGAGGAUUCUUUGGAAAUCCGUUCCUGUAUCACUCAUUUACACCGAUGAAACUCCCUAUCUCAUUGCUUCCAUCAAUAGAGAGCUUUUUUAUUGGAGGUCUUGCCACAAAAUCAGAAAAUUCAGUGUAACACGCUUUAUGUACUGCAAGGAAUAUGUUAAAGAUGUUGAUCUGUGGGUAUACUUUGCAACAAUUGCUAAUGUUGAAUGUUUUACACUUAAACUUUCUAGUGAUUACGGUGGAAGGUAUGAGUUUCCUGAAUUUGCAUAUAAGAAUAAGUCAUUGAGGAAUUUGGUUUUACGCCAACUUGAACUGAACCCUAUUGGUAGUGUAAACUGGACUAGUCUCGUUUCUCUUUCAAUUAAGUAUAUAGAAUUCACAGAUGGUGUUAUGGAAAAGUGUCAAGCUGAGAAAACUGAUCAUAAAAAACUACUACGGUCAGCUCGAAAUAUCAGCCCCCUUUAUGCAAACUUUGCAACUUUUGGGGUACUGCAAUGA